CCACCCAUAUCGUGUUUAUCAAAGUGCAUCGAACUAAAAAAAAACACAAUGCUCAAAAUUUGAAGCAGUAACCCUGAAGGCGCGAAGCGAGAAGAGUAACUACAAGGAUUUAAAAAUACUGAGCCAUCAACACCAAGUCUUGAAACACCUCCCCUUGGUGUGACUAAGCCCGCAAAACCAUCUCAAUCAGCUUGACACGAACAAUAUGUAUUUGCAUUGCACCACUUUUACCUAUACCAUAGGAUCUUCGGUAGGCACCCUGACUUCACUCAGGUAACAUUAUGCAGAGAGAUAACUAGUAUUCCACGCAGCGAACCCACAUUGCCCGUCUGCUCUUCAUUUUUUGUUUCCUUCUGCUCUUUCUCCAUACCGCUACAUCUGAACUCUUCGUUCGUCUUCAUCUGACUGCGCUUCUGUUCGUCCCAGUUUCUCGAAAUCUCUCCCUCUAUUGUGUGCUCCUGCAUUAAUAAGUUAGUUAGUAUCCUCUUUUCCUUUAUCUCCCCUCUGGAUCAUUGGAGCUGCCAUCCAAUACCACAUUCUUUCAUCACCAGUCCCACACCUUGCGGUCUCGUUAAAGGGUGUCCCUCUCCUCCCACCUGCUUAACUUCUUCACCUUCAUUGCCUGUGCUACCCCCUAUCCCCUUUCAGACACUAGCCGUUUAUUUCCUACCACGAACCUUCCUUUUCCAUACAGUUCAAUCACAUCUAGGAAGCAUAGGCUUUGCACUUUCUCUCUCGCAGCGAAUCACAUUCACGCCUCUUCAAAGAUUUUCCAUAUCCAGUAAAACUCGUGAUCUCACAUAGACGGUAGAUCUUCCAUGCCCAUUCAAAAUGAUACUCAACGCAAACAAAUCUGCGAACAUAGCCACCCUGUUCAUCGUAAUCUCAUAAGAAGAUCAUACACUUUCAUUCACAAUCCUGCAUGAACCGGGAACUUUAAGCAGUAAAUCUUCCCCUCUUAAAAGGUUAUGAUCUAAUAACCAUGGCUCAUCCGCCAUAAUAUGAUUCAAAUAAUUUUCUAACUGCAGCCAUGGUGUCUGCCAAAAUAUGAUUCAAAUAAUCUUCCCCUCAUACGUACCAACCAUAGCCAUAUGUAGUUCGGUAAUUACCCCUUAUCUUCCUCCCUCAUCAGUCUCGAACACUACUGCCUCUUCUCUUUACCCGAUUGUAAAAGACUUAAAGCAAGUGGUCACAAGCCUUUGUGGGAAACUUUAUUUCCGCUACCUGUAACUGGUCACAAAGCCUUCACAUGUACUUAGACAGAGAUUCCAAAAGCAAGUGCCAAGUUCAGGUUUAGCAUCACCUCGUUUCAACAAUCUUUAAGUGAUUAGUAGUACUCUUUGGAAUUACAUUUGUCCCAUUUAAGAUAAUAAUUACUUCAUAAGUAUUCUACAACUUUAUUUUAUUAAAGAAAAUAUUCUAGUAAAGCCUUAAUUAGUACGGAGUAUGUUUAAAGACUUAAACAGUAUGUUUAAUAUACUAGAAAAGUAUGUUUAAAGCCUUAAUUAGUAAUAAUAUUCUCAUCAUACUUUUGUCUUUAAAAUUAGCUGUAGUAUGGUGUACAACUAGUUGAAUUUGAUAAGAUAGUGGAUGUAUACUGUACACAUACGGAAUUCUUAUAUAGUCUAGUAAACAGGAUUACUCUUCCCUGAAGAAAAGGCUCCUUGAAUAUGGCCUUCCUCUGUUUUUUUCUUCUGCUUUGUCUCUUCGACUCAGUGUCCUAUUCCGGAGCAGAACUUACCCGCGGAAUAGGAAUAUGCUACGGUCAACUGGGGAGUGAUCUUCCCGUCCCUGCAAAAUCCGUGGAGCUCAUUAAUGGCCUCAAGGCGGAGCAGGUCAAGAUCUACGACGUCAACCCGGAUAUCCUCAAAUCUCUUCAAGGAUCCGACCUCCACGUCUCCGUCAUGCUCCCCAACGAACUCAUCCCCAAUGUCUCCUCCAGCCAGACCUUCUCAGACCAGUGGGUUCACACCAAUCUCGUCCCCUUUUACCCUCGAACCAUGAUCCGCCACCUCCUAGUCGGAAAUGAGAUUCUGAGCAGCCAGCCGAACAGUACCUGGUUCCAUCUCGUCCCCGCUAUGCGCAAUCUCCGACGAUCCGUCCGGAAAUAUCGGCUCCACAAGGUCAAAGUGGGUACCCCUCUGGCUAUGGAUAUGUUGGAGACGUCGUUUCCGCCGUCGAAUGGAAGUUUCCGGUCGGAUAUCACCGAUAGUGUUUUCAGGCCUCUGCUAAGCUUCUUGGCCGAUUCAAGGUCCUUCUUCUUCUUCGAUGUGUACCCGUAUUUCGCUUGGGCAGCUCAACCCGACGAAAUUGACCUUGACUACACUCUGAUGAAGAAUACGAAUAGGACGUAUUCGGAUCCGGGUUCGGGUUUGACUUACACGAAUUUGUUGGACCAAAUGAUUGAUUCGGUCUAUUUCGCCCUGAAGCGACUCGGGCACCCGGAUCUUCCCCUGUUUAUCGCGGAAACGGGUUGGCCCAGCGCGGGCGACCCCGACCAAAUCGGAUCGAAUAUUUACAACGCCGCCACUUACAACCGCAAUGUCGUGAAGAAGUUCAGCUCUAAGCCACUGGUGGGGACGCCGGCCAGGCCGGGGGUGGCCGUGCCGGCGUUCAUUUUCGCUUUGUACAACGAGAAUCAGAAGCCGGGUGCGGGAACGGAGCGGCAUUUCGGGCUGUUAUACCCGAACGGCACGAACGUGUACGAAAUUGAUCUGUCCGGCAAGACGCCGGAGUCGGAAUUCAAGCCGCUUCCGAAGCCUACGAAUAACAAGCCAUUUGGAGGGAAAUUGUGGUGCGUGGUGAAUACGAAGCAGUCCGUGAAUAAGACGGCGUUGACCGCCGCAUUGGAUUACGCAUGCGGGCAGGGUAAUGGGACCUGCGACGCGAUCCGACCCGGUGGAAAAUGUUACCAGCCGAACGAUCUGAUCCGCCAUGCCAGCUAUGCUUUUAGUGCUUACUGGGCACAGUUUAAACGCAUAGGUGGGACCUGCAGCUUCAAUGGCAUUGCUAAUUCCACGACUAAGGACCCUAGCGAUAAGGUGUGCAAGUUUCCAAGUGUCCAAAACUGAAGGAUUGGACCAUGCCAGAGUUAUGUACGUGGUGGAACCUACACGAUUAUAUUCUCCAAUGAUGAACCAAGAACCGGCAUUUUGGUGCUCGUGGAAUUUUGUCUUUGCUGAUGGAGCCUACAAGUGUCAAUGAAGAAUAAUAUAAUCAUCUUUGCUUUGAUGAUUAUAUUUUGCAUUGUGUUUUUCUUUUUAAUAUACUUAGAAAGUUGGAUUGAGAGUAGAAUUGUCACAAAUUCAUACAUGUUAUCAUUUUUUAUAUGGACGUCGGGUUUUUCAACCCAUGUUAGGUUUCUUGGUACAAUAACGUGGUUUAUUUGAUACAAAAUCAAAAUUCAAUGAUAUGAUAGUGUUAAGUGUUAACUGUUAAGUGGUAAAUGAAUG